GUGCUGUUAAGCCCAAGUUGACGUUAACGUUCUAGCUAGAGCCAGUAGAACGCCGCUUCGUGAAUAUAACUGUAUAAUGUUUAAUGGAAGGUGAAGGGUACGGUAUGGAGGAUUGAACCGAUCGCAGACGUUUUCAAUAUUUCCAAUUGAAAAAAUGGUUUAGUGUCUGAUUUUCCGUGUGAGUGUUCGUUCAGUAGGUUAUCUUGUGUAAUUAGAAAGUGCCAAUUUUAUGGAUUACAUUAUACUGGGAUUAUCUAAUGAGAAAGUGCUUAUGAACUGUCUCAACAAAACCAAAUUAUUUGGAUUCUUCAGAAAAAGAAUCAUCAUCCUCCAAUGAUCUACUGAAAAAUCGAAAAACUAUAGAAAUAUGAAGAGUUUCCUCUUGGCGUUUCUGCUUGCUGUUGCACUCGAAGGAUGCACAGCAAAUCUUCCUCCAAUUUUUACAAUGGAUAUGAACAAUCUGGUGCUACCGGAGACUAUUCCUAUCGAAAGCGAUAUUUUCACACUGCAAGGAACCGAUCCAGAAAAUAGUCCUGUUUAUUUCGGUAUCGAAGGAACUGACAUGUUAAAAGUUAACAGGACCACUGGUGUCGUGACAGUCGUCAAACCAUUAGAUUAUGAGACAAACAGCACACUUAAUAUAAUUGUGAGCAUUGAGGACGAAGUUGAAGGAGGAAAAGGGAAAAAUAAUAUCGUCAGAAUUCCAAUAACGGUGAUUAUAUCAGACGAAAACGACAACCCUCCGGAAUUCAUUAGGGCGCCGUACGAAAUCACGGUUAACGAGGACGCCGCGCCGGGGGCAAAAGUAUUUUCAGGAAUUAUGGUUGUUGAUAAAGACACGGUAGGAUCCUACAUCGAGGUCGAAUGCAUAAAUUCGCGCGCGGAUCCUGAUGCAUGCGAAAUCUUCGACGUGGAAGCGCUCAACUCCGAACAGCAUUCGUAUUCAGGCGCCAUAACGCUACACAGAAAAUUGGACUAUAAUGAAAAGGACACCUAUUAUUUUUCCCUCAAAGCCUCGGACGGUGAAUUGACUAGCACAACAAACGUGACAAUACACGUUGGAGACGUUCAAAAUAAACCCCCUUAUUUCGUUGGAAAUUUAACGGCUGAAAUUAAGGAAGACGCUCCAAUUAACACCCUCAUAAUGACGAUCCACGCCGAGGACGGUGACCGGGGAAACCCCAGAGAGAUAUUUUAUGAAUUGCAAAAUAAUCUCAUGGACUACGUCCUAUUGGAUUCAGUUAGCGGCGAAUUGAGGACGGCCCGGCCUAUCGACAAGGAAUCCAUCGACAAUCCGGAGGGUAUACUGAAAUUUGCAGUGAAGGCAUACGAGCUUAUUAACGGUAUAAAAGCGAGCGAUCCCUCGACUUUCGCCUCCGCCGAAAUUACAGUGAAGGUGCUAGACGUAAACGACGAACCCCCGAAAUUCAAUAAAAGAGAGUAUUCCGUGGAAAUCCCCGAAAACAUUGAGGUUGGCUCGGCACUGCCGGGCCUCGAUAUGACCGUCAGCGAUCCCGACGAGGGCAACAACGCCGCGUUCUCGCUGGAAUUGAACGACAUAUCGGAGGUGUUCUCCAUCGAGCCGAAGACCACCAUCGGCUCGACCCCCGUCACCAUCCGCGUGGCGAACAGCUCGCUGGACUACGAGGACUUCAACCAAAGAAAAUUCAUCAUCCUGGUGGUCGCCAGGGAGUUGUACACCAAACAACGGCUCUCAUCCACGGCUACAGUCACGGUAACUGUACAGGACGUUAACGAUAACGCUCCGCGCUUCGACCAAGAAAGCUAUUCGGCCACGAUCUCCGAGAUGUCCGCGCCCGGAACUCUGGUGACCGCCGUCGUCGCUAGCGAUAGAGACGGCGGAAAAUUCGGAGAGAACGGCAUCGUCUACACCCUGGCCGGCAACGGAGCGGAGAAGUUCUCGAUUAACAACAGAACGGGCGCCGUGACCGUCGCGGAUUGCUACCAAGCCGGCACGACUUUCUGCUUGGACUACGAAACGAAGCCGGAAUACCGGCUGCAAUUAUCCGCUAUAGAUGACGAUGGUAAAGGACAAACAACCGCCGUUCCUUUGACCGUGCAUCUAACAGACAGUAACGAUAACGCUCCCGUUUUCAAUCAGCCUUUCUACAGGGCAUUCAUAAACGAAGGAUCGGUUAAAUUCCAGCCGGAGCUAAUAGUGGAAGCCACAGACUCCGACAGGACGUCUCGCGUGUCCUACUCAAUCAUAGCCGGUAAUAACGACGGAUUAUUCAGCAUUAUUCCUUCGACAGGAGUCAUUAGAAUAAAUAAUAACAGAGGAUUGGAUAUCAGCAACGAAACGGAUAAUGUAGUUUCGCUGACUGUGAUGGCCAGCGACGGGCAAUUUACCACUACCGCUGUAGUUAAUAUCACCGUUCUGGACAUCAAUAAUAACGCUCCCAUCUUCACUAAACGUUAUUACGUGGAAACAGUCGAGGAGAGUUUACCGAUCGGCGCCUCGGUGCUCCAACUCCAAGCCACCGACGCCGAUAACGGAGAAAACUCCGCGGUGGAGUAUUUCCUGGCGAAAGGGGCGUACGACGAUUUCAAAAUCGACAACACCACCGGGGUGAUUUCUGUGGCACAGAAACUCGACUACGAUCGAAGGAAUACUUACAACAUCGAGGCGAUUGCCGUCGAUCACGGCGAGCCCAGCUUAACGGGCGCCGCUAACGUAACCAUAACGGUUAUUAACGUUAACGAUAAAAUGCCCUAUUUCGUGCCCGCUACGCAGAAAAUUGAGAUAUUAGAGGACGUUCCGGUAGGGACGGUAAUAUACACUUUAAUAGCGUUGGAUCCGGAUGUAAAUUCUUCGGAAGCGUUGAAUUUCGCAGCUACCGAGCCUUUGACGGCACUCGAUAAGCACGGAAACGAAGUAAGCGAUGAUCGAUUUAAAGAUUUCUUCUCGAUCGAUAAAAAUACGGGUCAAGUGAGCGUGGCUAAUCCUCUAUUGAGAGACGUAGCGGCGGAGGUUAGAAUAACCGUGUUAGUAACCGAUAUAACGGCAACGAACGUGCAGCAAGGCGAAGGAUUGUUGAAAAUUACAAUCGGCGAUGUUAAUGAUUCUCCGCCGACGUUCCUGCCGCCCUGGACGAAGGAAAACCCGGUGUAUCAUUUGGAAUUGAAGGAAGAACAACCCGUCGGAACGAUAGUGGCUACUUACAAAGCCAUCGACGAAGACUCGGACAUAGCGGGUUACAUAAUUCACCCGAAAUCCGAGCAUUUCGAGAUAAACAACGGUACCGGAAUCGUACAAAUAAAAAACAAAAUCGACUACGAACAAAUCAAAUCGCUCAACUUCACCAUCAUGGCAUUCGACACCGGACAUCCGCAGCUCAACGCAACGGCAACAGUUUUAGUCACCGUCGUAAACAUCAACGAUAACAGCCCGGCGUUCGUCGAGAGGGAAUACAAGGCGUCCAUCGACGAGAACUCUUCGAACGGCUCGUUCGUGGCGGCCGUCAAAGCCGUCGACAAAGACGCCGGGAAAUUCGGCCAGGUCGGCUACUAUUUAACGGGCGAGCACAGCGAGCAUUUCGCCAUCGACAACGCAACCGGCUACAUAUCGGUGGCGAAUUCGCGAUUCUUCGAUCGCGAGACGAUCAACGAAACCGUCAUCCAGGUGGUGGCUCAAGACGACGCCCCGGGCAAUUUGCGGAGAUCCGCAUCGGCGCCCGUGCACAUCGCCAUAAACGACAUCAACGACAAUCGCCCGAUCUUCGCUCAAAACGAGUACAACGUUUCGGUGAUGGAAAACGUGCGAUUAAACCCGCCGAUGCCGCUGAUACAGGUGAACGCCACCGACGAGGAUUCGGGGGUUAACGGAAACAUUCAUUACAGCAUCGUAGCCGGGAAUGAUAACGACGUAUUUCUUCUGGGCGUCGAAACGGGCAUUCUCUACCCGCACAAGUCCCUGCUGGGCCAAACAAGGAAUUUCCAUUUGAGCGUCGAAGCCAGAGACGGGGCCGGUAAUGGGCAAUUGUUCGACCGGGCCGCAAUUAAUGUGCACGUCUUAAAUGUUAACGAGCACAAACCCGAGUUUAUUAUGCCGGCCCUUCCGAACGCCACGGUCGAAGUGCUCGAGAACGCCGCCACGGAGAAUUACCUCGUGAUGACCGUCAAAGCGACCGAUAGAGACGAGCACGAGAACGGCAGGAUUACCUAUCAUCUCAAACUCGAAGAUGAAAACGUUCAAGAAACCGCGGAGUUUUCCAUCGAUUCCAAUACGGGCGAACUUAGAACCAGAAAAAUGCUAGACAGGGAAUUCCAACCCAAAUACCAACUUGUUUUGGUAGCAAGAGAUCACGGUUCGCCUAAAUGGUACGAAACGAUCCGUUACUUAACCGUCCUGUUAGUAGACGAGAACGAUAACCGGCCGGAAUUUCCCGGAUCGAAAUCGACGAACCCUUAUCACUUUUACGUAUCCGAAAACAACGAUAAAGACAUGCUAAUCGGUCAAGUGAAAGCUCUGGAUAGAGACGAAGGUAAUCACGCUAAAGUGUACUACUAUAUCAUAGCAGGAAACGAGGAUUCUUCGUUUUAUUUGGACCGAUCCGGCGGCGGAGUGUACGCCAACAGAUCGUUCGAUAGAGAAGAAAAAGACGAAUACGAUCUAUUAGUUAUAGCGACGAACGAUCCUAAUUACAUACCGCCCGCGGAUCAAUCGGAAAUCGACGAAGAAGACAGAAGCGUGGCGCGGGUGAUCGUCACCAUCAGCGAUUUGAACGAUAACCCGCCGAAGUUCGAGCAAUCCCUCUAUUAUUCCGCCGUCAACGCCAUGGCGAACAUCAACGAUUUCAUAAUUAACGUAACGGCCGCCGAUCCGGAUUUCGGCGUUAACGGUUCCGUUACCUAUUACAUAAGGGCCUCGAAUUUGUACAAGUUCAAUUCCAACAGGAGCUCCGGCUCGGUUAUACCGUCGCCGUUCAACAUAUCGGACCGCGGUGAGGUUUUCACGGCCACUUACUUGGCCGAAAACAACCAACACAGAUUCGCCAUCGACGUGAUUGCCAGGGAAAACGCCUUCCCCGAAAGGCAAGCUUCCACCAGGAUUUAUGUGUGGAUAUUCGAACCGGAACAAUUGAUACGAGUGAUACUAUCCAGACCGAAGGAAGAAGUGAUUAAGGAAAAGGACGAGAUCCUAGCGGAAUUGAGCAACGCCACCCAAAGUCUAGUAAUAAUCGAUAAAAUCCGCUAUCACAUCGAUGAUAACGGCAUCAAAAACGAAGACUGGUCCGAUUUGUACAUACUAGUCGUUAAUCCCAAGUCCCAAUCGAUCCUACCGGUGCCGGAGGUACUAAAAAUAAUCGAUUCGAAGUACGACUUCCUGAAGGAUUAUUACGCUGGCUUUGCCAUAGAAAACGUCCUGCCGGCGUUCGUGACUGAAAAGGCCGAAACCUUCGACGUGUCCUUAGUAGUACUGACCGCACUUUUGGUCGUACUAGUCGUCGGUAUACUCACCUUCCUGAUCGUCUGCUUAUGCUUGAGGCACUGGGUUCUAUCACCGUCCGAUUUGAAGAAGAAAGACGCCCUGAUUAAGAAGGCUAUCAUAGACGAUUUGAACACCACAGAGAAUCCCCUAUGGAUCGAACAGAAAUUAAAAAUUUACGAAGAACAAGAAUUAACUAUGCAAGUUUUCAGCGAACCGGAACAAAAUCUGGCCAACAGGAGGAACAGCGAUGAUUACAUCAACGAAGACAACGCGUACGCCACGAUACAGCAUCCUAACCGAAGGUCCUCCAGCCAUUUGGCAACCAUGUCCUUGGGAGAGGAUUUGGCCGAUUACGCGACGUUGCCGGGCCAGCGCCACAACAUAAACGAAAGCAACAACAGCUCAUUGAGAGGAGGAUCUAACUAUUACGAAGCCGCCAUGGGUUUUCAGGGCUCCACGUUCCAAGUGCCGGAGCGAUUGAACGCCGAGUACAGUCCCUACGGUGUCAAGUACGAAGGGUCCGAGCUGACGAUCAACAAAGACCAUCAACCUGAUUACGUUGCUGAAUUGAUAUAAAUCUGAUUUGAAGGGAGGCGGCUGGAGAUUUCUGUAGGCGAGGGAAGAGAGGGCGGUUGAAGGCGGUCUUUGCAAUUUCUCUACUAAAUUCGGUUGAAGUAUUAUUAAAAUUAUUAUUCAUGUGAUAGAACCGUUGUGGAAAUAGGAAUUUUGGUAGACUCUGCGAUGCUGAACCGCUUCAGUAUUUUCCUAUUAGUCGUACAAUUUGUAAGUUAAAAUUUCCACUGGCACAAGCUGCCUGGUCUGAAAAAUCUGUUUCAAUUUCCUAUAUAGUUAGGUACAAACUUAAUUAAAAAUUUUAUUUAUUGCUCAUGUAAAUAUGUACUCGGCAACUAUAUAAAAGAUACCUUUAUAUAUCUUUACAUACCUUUAUAUUGACUGGAGAUGAAAGAUAAUUAUGCACCGUUGCAAUUAACAGUUGAAUUAAAACAUUGCACCAUUUACACUCGUUAAGUAUUCACCAUAUAAGCAUAGAUUUUGUUGUAAUGAAGCAGACCAAAAUAUUGUGGUAAAAUAACUUUGCACAAAACAGCAAAAAGGAUACUUCUACCCCUUUUUUUAAACAAUAUCAAGUCCCUCUAUUAGAGCGCAAGGUGUAAUAAAAUGUGUUAAUUAUAGCACCUGGUGCAUAAAUCAUCUCUGCUAUUGACUUUAUGUAACUAAUCAAGAUAAAUAGUUUAUUAUAGGUACUCAAAUGUAAUGUAAAAGCAAAACACUCUACCUACCUCCCUUUGGAUAUAUCGGGCUGCGAACUGGUAAGAUUAGUGUGAUUGAUAGAAACGAAGGAAUCAAUUUAUUAGAAUAACGCGAUCUGCGUAAAUUGAUUCGAAAUGAAUCGUAGAUCGGUUGCCAACAAAACUGACAAUAUUAAUUAAGGAAAGUGAUGUUCUAGUUGGUUGAACCUUAAAUUAUUUAAUAAUCCACAUUAUAUAGACAACAGGUUCGAGACUUUUUUUAAUAAACGAAUUUAUUUAUUGUUUUAAUUUUUAUCGUAUUAGAUAGCAUGAACGGCCAUAUCACUAUAGGAACUUUUAACGAUUAUUAUUUUGUAUUUUUUUAUAUCAUAGAGACUUAUUAUGUACACAUGUUUGUAAAUACGAAAUAAAAUAUCUUUAUGUAUAACUGCGAUUUCAUUCAAUGUGAAAGAAAUUAUGGUAACUAUAAAUAACAUAAAGCGAUAGGCCUGUCCCGCUUCGGUUUCCAAUGCACAAUUUUUGAUACAAACUGUAUUGAGCGCAGAGCACUGGAAACUAGAUACCUAAAUAAAAUCAUCUUAAACUCGAGCGUUUUCCCGAUGCAAUUUAUCCCAAAACAACAAACGAUCUUG